AUGGUCAAAUACCGAGAAGGAAGCUCAACACUCGACAAUGGCAGGAAGAUCUAUUGGCUCAUCUGUCGGGAGGAGCAAACCUUCGGGCAAUAUUGGAGGAUCCUGGAGCAUCACCUGGAGCGGACCUUCGACAGGCUGCGCAUCAACCAUCCUCAAGCAUCGACCUUCUACGGAAUGAUUCGAUGCGGUAAGUAUCAUCAGAUCUACCGGGAAGUAAUGAUCCCAGAGGAUGAAAAUGAUCCCGACCAUUUUGUGAAUGGCCUCUACAGGAUCGACAUCAACGGGAGAGUCGCCUUCCACCGCGUGCACGAUGAGAAAGUGUUGUAUGACUGGCUCCACAGUCUUCCUUCGGCUGAUCACGAUUACGAUGAUGAUGGUAUUGUUGUCACCGAGGGCGAUUAUGGGAGUGAUGUCGUAGAGGAAGGAGAGAUGGAAGCAUCUCACCUUGAUGAUGACCCCGAGGCCGAGGUCGUAGAAGAAGGUGAGGGGGAAGAUCCUUACCGUGAUGAUGUCUAUGAGAUCGAUGCCAGAGAGGAAGAUGAAGAGGAUGAGUUUCGUCCCGAUGAUAAUGAUAACUCUGCAAUUGACCUCGAGAUCUGGGACAUGGACUGGGAUGACAAUGACGAGCCUAAUUCAGUGGUAAGCCUAUCGUCUUAG